GCAAGUGUCGGAAACAUCGACAAGAGAAUCGGAGGGUUCAAAGUCAUCCGUGUCUGUAAAAUGACAUGGAGUUUUUCUUUGUAAACAGUGUACAUGAAAUCGCAGUGCUGCCGAGUGUCACCAGGGGUGGGAAAAUGUUCAGCGCGUCGUUCUACAGUAGUGUCAUUGUGUUCUUUUCCGAGCAAACUUCUUACCUGAGGUACCUGCAUACGUAACGGAAAACGGCGAACUGUUUCAGUCAUGCCCCGCAAAAAGCGUGUCCUGCAACAAAGAUCAGCGGCCGAUGGUGCGGCUAGCACUAGCGCUCUGUACAGACCGGAUGAAUUGCAACCGAUUGGCGAUGACAUCCAGCCCGAUGGCAUCAUUCGUAACAACUUUGCCAUUGGCGAAGAUAUUCAUCCCGCGGAGUGCCUCCGCAACAUUCAGGAGAUGUUCGACGGCAAACUCGACGCUGAUGUUAUACACAUGGUGCUCACCGAAUGUGAGUUCAAUGUGAACAACGCCCUAGAAGCUCUCUUCACUCUGCUACCACAGGAAUCUGGUGCUAGUGCAGCAAGUGUCAUCCAUCCACUGCAGUCGCGCAACUUGUCUCCAUCCACCAGCAGUGAAAGUAUUGGCGCAGGAGAGAACAUUGUUACCUCUGAAGCAGAGGUUCACAAAUCUAGCGAGGAGAGUGAGCAUGAAAGCCCCCUGGCUGCUAAUGCACAUGCCGCCGCUAGUUCACCUUCGAACUUGGCCCUCUAUGUGAACGCUGCGCCCUUUGUUCCUAGCGUAUGCCUGCCUGCCAGCACAGAAACUCGCUGCCCUGAUGCCUCGAAAGAGCAAGGUCCAUUUCCUGCAAUUGCGUGGAGCCAGUUGGCAGCUUCGGGAUGCCAGUUAGGCUUUAACAUUACUCCCUCUUUUAGCCACAAGCCUGAAGCAUCGCCUGCGUCAGAAAAUGAACUCCAGAAGAUACACAGCUUGUUGGACGAGGGUGAGAAUGUGCUGGUGCUGAUGAGAGGCCUUCCGGGCAGCGGCAAGACAACUUUAGCUCAGAAAAUAUGUGGUCGAGGUGUUGUGUUGAGUGCAGACCAGUUUUUUUGCAAAGGUGGCAAAUACAACUUUGAUAGAUCGAGGUUGUCAGAAGCACACGAGUGGAAUAAAAGAAGGGCCAAGAAGUUUAUUCAGGAAGGUCGCUCACCAAUCAUUAUAGAUAACACUAACGUGGAAAUCUGGGAGAUGAUGCCCUAUGUGGCCUUGGCAUUAAGGGCAAAAUAUCAUGUGUGCGUUUUAGAGCCGGAUACUACCUGGAAGUUUGAUGCUAGGCAGUUGACACAAAAAAAUAUGCAUGGGGUUCCGAGACGUACUAUAGACUCCAUGUUGGAGCGGUAUGAUCGUAACAUUACAGGAGAAUUGUUGUGCCUAAGCUUUGGCCGGUUUCCUAAAAGCCCUGAUUCGUCAGUUUUGCCUGCGUGCACACCUUUAGAAAUACAAGAAACCAGUGCUAGCGAAUCGCCUUCCAAGCCACGUGAUAAAAUUCCUUUGGAGCUACCACUCGAAGCACAUCAAAAUCCAAGCACAUCAUCAUCCGAGAAAACUUCCACAGCUGCCCCUGAAGAAACUAUAAGCUUGGGAGAUCUCAUUGCUCUUGUUCAAAAUGACAGUGAAGAGUCUGGAAGCAGGAGCCGUCAGAACUCGGACUCUUGGUCAUCUGGUCAUGAUGGCAACGACUCAGAAGAUGGGACAGAGCGCGAUGAUGACUUUCUGUGGGCUUCCCGCAAAGCACUGUCAUCACUCACGCAAUCAAAUGUGUCAGUAAAUGAAGCCAUACUUGAAGAGAGGGAUGCCCCAGAACAAGAGGCUAGCUGCAGGCUUGAAACGGAACUAGAAGAAAUAAAAGAGGAGUCAGAAUGUUCCGAUACAGUGGUAGAAGCUGUAACAGAUGCUUGGCCUGAUGUUAUCGAAGAAAGGGAAGACAAUAAGCCGAAGCCACCGAGAGAUUCUCCUAGACACCUCGGGGGUUCAGCAAGGGGUGAUAAUACUCCCAUAAUGGAAAUACUUGCAGAUUUCACUGCUCCUUGGGAACACUCUCCUGAAGAAACGCUGGGCUCUCUUACAAAUACUCCAAGAGAGCAGAGGUUCCGCAGAGGGAAGGUGAAUCCUAAGAUGACUAGCGAAAACAGCGUAGACACUAGUCGUCAGAUAGAGUCCCCACACACAGUACCCAAGGUGGCCGAGACUUCAAAGCAGAAACAUUCUUCAGCUCGCGGCCCCAUAUUCGGGCUGGAAAAGGUUGUCCGCAGUAGCACUUGGACUUUUCCAGAGUUCAACGUUUUUGAGCCUGCCCUCCUGGAAACUGAAGUAAAGAACAGUGCUUGUGCUUACACGGAUGCGUCAACCUAUGCCGAUCCAGCGGAUUUCGUCGUAGUAGGGAAAGUUCUUCUUGGAGAAUCUGACGAGCUGCGUGUUGUGGGGGCCAGAGAUCCUGCAGAGAUGCUGGAUGAGGAGUGUAUACACCUCGCUCCUGCUUAUAAGCCAAACACGCUUGCUCGGAGCACAGACACUGAUGACCUUCCUACAGAUGACCUAGAUGAUGAAGGUAAGCUGUUGCUGCUCCAGCAGUGCAUGCCAGGUGUAAGGCCUCCUGAUUUGGAAGACAUAUUUCAGCACUGUCAUGGCGAUCAUGUGUGGGCAGCUGAUCUCUUGUUGGACUCUAAUGUUGCUUGUGACCUUCAACCACUCGUUAUUAAUGAAGAAUGUGAUGCGGACACCACUCGUAGUCCGAGCUCAAAGAGCCAACAUCCAGAAGCACUUGCUUCGUCAGUAGUGCCUGCAGGAAACGAAGAAAAGCAUGAUGAAACCCUGGCUAAGACCGCACAUACUGUAAAAGAGCCUGCAGAUAAAAAGCUGAAGAAAAGUUCGAUAAAAACUUUUCUACCAAGGCCAGAAAACGUUGACAGGGAGUUCACGUUCCACCUUGAUCACUCAUUUGCAUGUCAGCUUGUGGAAACAUUUGGUUCUGAAGGACUGCAUGUAUCUAUGGAUGCUUUCCGAAGUGUUGACCUAAAUGUCACGAUCAGCAGUGAAAUUGCCAGGCAAAUACAUCAACUUUGGAUGGAUACUCUAAAGCAGAGAAUGUCAAAGGAAGAGGACGAAAUGCUGGAAAUGGCAGCCAACUCUCAUGAAAGUGAACUGCAACAUUCGCAAACAGGUGGUGAGGGUAGUUCAAAAGAAAGCGCACCAGAUAUUGCUGUUCCACCUCCGGCUUUGCACCAUGAUCCACGCUGGAGCAAGGCACCGCACGAAAUGAGCUUUCGUGAAAUCAUGGAAAUGGAAGCAGCUUUAGAAGAGAAAAGAAAAGAUUGGACAAAGAACAAUACUUACAUGGAUAUGGCAACCAAACUUAAGCUCAAGCAGCUUUAUGAGAAGUUCCCAGGUGUUGAUAGACAAGCAUUGGAUGAAAUCUUCGUUGCAAGCAAUUAUUCGCUGAUCCAGUCUGUCUUGACUAUCAACGAAACCCUAGGAGUAGCUCCUGAAGAGAAUGAUAUGGAAAACAUUGAAAAGCAAAUUGUGGAUCUUGUUGAAAUGGAAAGCAUGUCAGAGCAGGAAGCUGACGACAGUGCAUGGCAGCCUGUCGUCGAAGGCCAUGAAGACAUGUACGACAGGUUGCGACUUGUAGGGGACUACGACGUGAUUCGUCGAGAGGCCACUGUGCACUACCACAUGCGUCAAGAGUCAUUUCGCAAGGCCAAGGAGGCCUACCAUCGAGGCAUGAAGACAGUGGCUGCAUUCUACUCGCAACAGGGCCGAGCAUAUGCAGAAAAAAUGAGGGAAGCAAAUGAACGAGCGUCAUGGAAAUUGCUGCAGCUCAGGAAUGCUCAGUCUGAUGACAACACCCUGGACCUUCAUGGUCUGCACGUGCAAGAGGCCAUUCAGGUGCUCAAGAAUUAUGUGAAGCUCAAGAAGCGUGAAUCCUGGUGUCUGCAGAAGAAGCAAACUCUCAGGAUAAUCACUGGCAGGGGUGCGCACAGUGCACAGAACAUACCCAAGGUCAAGUUUGCUGUCGAGAGCUACCUUCUGAGCAGUCAGCUCAACUACAGGGAGGUUCAAGCUGGAAUGUUUCAUGUUAUGCUGUAGGAGAAAAAAUGCACAACCUGACAUUUUUUUGAACUUCAGCAGUGCGCAAAGCUGCUUGUCUAUACUGAAGGCCCUUUUUAUUACGAUCAUGCUUGUGGUAAAAGCACAAAAUUAAGUUUGAGUCAACUUAAGAGAAAAAAUUUUUUAUAUUACCAAGGAAGGGAAGAGCCUUGUGGCAUUAUAUUUCUUUUGCUCAAUUCAAAGGUAGCGUAAUGAAUCUUUUGUACGUUAUUAUUGGCAGGAAGCUUUUUUUCAGCUGCUGUUAAAAGCUGAUGUAUAUUCAGAAAGUACUGCACAACGCAUUUUUCAUCUGUUGUCCCUUCCCUGCUCACCUGCCCAUAGUUUUUUUGUCUGUGUGUGUUUCUGUCAUCAUCAGUUUAUGUGGUGUACUUAGCAGCUGCUUUUGGCACCUGCAUAGUUGUGUGUGAGGUAAUCAUUAGAUUAAGUAAUUCAAGUUAGCUUGGUUUGUUAUGGCAGCUUAGUUUUUCAUCGAUGGGUACACAAGUGGUGGAUAAAAUGUGAAAGGUCAGGCCUUUCUCCAAGGCAAGGCUAUGACAACUUGCUUGUGGGUGCUUACGCAAAGGCAGGAGGGUGCGCAUUUUAUAAAAUGCUGAUCUCACCAACUUGUACAAGAUGUAAAUAAGCUUUUACACAUCUAUUGUUUGUAAAUGUUGAGAGAUUGUUUUUAUUACCGCAGGUGCGAACUUGACAUGGAAACUCGUACAUGUAUGGCCCUAUCAAUAUUGCUGUUCUGGGUGUUGUGUUGCUGUAGUUAGGCAG